AUGUCGGCGCGCACUCUGCGCUCGUUCUACGACGACAAAGCGUUGUCUGAAUUUUUCCCGCCCAGCAGCGAUCUUGUCCUCACGCGAAGGAAGGACGCAAACGGCGAAUCUGCUUUAGAGCGCCGCAUCAGACCGGGCCGAUGCGUCGCCCUUCGCACGUACGAUCAACACGCAAUUUUCGUGGAGAAGGGCUAUGAAGUGGUGGAUGGCAGAGUUACGAACCGGAUGCAGGUUCUCGUCGUUCAGCUGUGGACAGCGCAGCAACUUCGGGCGUAUAUUGCCAUGAACAAGGUUCUUAACGCCGACGAGGUCAGCGCAAGGCUUGACGGCGUCAAAAACAACAAGACGUGGAUUGCAGUGAACCACACCGAGUACGUCCAACCGGACCUGGUGCUAGCCGGGAUUACCGAGGAGGAGUUCAACGACAGGAUGGACCUGGACGAGCAGUCCGUCCUGCUGAUCGGCGAAGGUCCCGAGCCAGAUCUCGCUGACGACGAGCGACCCCACGAAUAUCUCUUUGUCGACCGCGCGCCCUGA